AUGCGUGUGGUGGUGCGGGUGGCAUAUUUUGGUUCACACAAUCACCCGCCGCCCGCGCCAGCAGCUCCCAAGGUGCAUGUUGCAGGGCAUCCGGCCGUCAGCUGCCUUCCCACGCGAGCAGACCCCACUUCUGCCGCUAUAACCGUUGCCUCUACUGCGACAGUUCCCCCUGCGACUAACUUCACUCCCGCUACAACCUUUUCUUCUGCCACGACCUUAGCUUCGGGCUCAGCCGUUUCCCCUGUAACAACUUUCACCUCUGCUAUAGAUUCUACUUCUGCUACAGCCUUCACCUCUGCCACAGCCUCCGCUCUUGAUACUAGCAGCCUCCCUGCCAUUAGGACAGCAGCUGAGCAGCAGACAGCUCUCAGAGCAACCCAGACUCCAUCGCCGCCCUCCCUGUCCACACAUCUCCCGCAACCAGCCCAUUAUUUUGCCUCACCUUCUCCCACGAUACUUGGACAAGUAACCACUGCAACCGCAGGCCAAGCUCUAUCAACAACAACAACAACAACAACAACAACAACAACAACAACAACAACAACAACAACAACAACAACAACAACAACAACAACAACAACAACAACAACAACUGCAACAGCAACAACAGCAGAACCAACAGGAGCAGCAACAGCAGCAACAGCAGCAGCAGCAGCAGCAGCAGCAGCAGCAGCAGCAGCAGCAGCAGCAGCAGCAGCAGCAGCAGCAGCAGCAGCAGCAGCAGCAGCAGCAGCAGCAGCAGCAGCAGCAGCAGCAGCAGCAACAACAACAACAACACCAGCAGCAACACCAACAGCAGCAGCAACACCAACAGCAGCAGCAACAGCAGGAACACCAACAGCAGCAGCGACAGCAGGAAUACCAACAGCAGCAGCAACAGCAGGAACACCAACAGCAUCAGCAACAGCAGGAACACCAACAGCAACAGCCGCAGCAACAGCACCAGCAACAACAGCAGCAGCACCAACAGCACCACUACCAUCAACUGCUGCAGCAUCAACAGCACAACCACCAUCAACAGCACCAGCUAAAGCAGCAGCACCAACAGCAAAACCAACAGCAUGCGGACCACUGGGGGAGAGGAGAGGGGAGAGGGGAGGAAGGGGGGUGGAGAGGGGAGAAGGGGGGUGGAGAGGGGAGAAGGGGGGUGGAGAGGGGAGAAGGGUGGUGGAGAGGGGUAAAGGGGGGGUGGAGAGGGGAGAAGGGCGGUGGAGAGGGGAGAAGGGGGGGUGGAGAGGGGAGAAGGGCGGUGGAGAGGGAGAAGAGGGGUGGAGAGGGGAGAAGGGGGGGUGGAGAGGGGGAGAAGAGGGGCGGUGGAGAGGGGAGAAGGGGGGUGGAGAGGGGAGAAGGGAGCUGGAGGAGGAUGGUGGCAACUGGCUGCUUCUUUGCUGCCAACUUGAUAGACAUAGUACGGACCACUGGGGGGAAGGCUUACGGAAGAAGUGA